AUGCUCGACGACCUGCGCGUCGUUCGCGUGGCGCCAGUCAACAGAGAGAACCACGAGACCGUCGAGUGCACCGCCAAGGUGGUGGCGUGUCGCGCUGCCGACGUCGGAUGCGAGUUUGCGUGCGAACACGAGGACAAGUGCGUUGUGGUGGUCCUCCGCACCAUCCUCCAGCGCCAGCGCGACGCGAUGCAGCAGCUCUCGCGCUCAAUCGAGGAGCAGCAGACUACACUGAGGCAGCAACAGGGUGAGAUCGCGGCGCUCAAGAAGCAAGUGAAGGCUCUGAAAACGAGGAAAAAAUCAUCAUCCGAUGCUGGUAGCCUCUCGAGCUUUGGAGCCUCGGCAGCGCCCAGCUUCAGCUUCGGAGCCUCGACAGCGCCCAGCUUCAGCUUCGGAGCCUCGACUGCCGGUGGGACCACCCCACUGGCUUCAGCAGAGCCCGGCUUCGGCUUUGCAGCCCCGGCACCCAGCUUCAACUUCGCAGCCUUCACGGCCCCGAUCGGCGUGUCAGCGUUCUCGGCCCCGGCAGCCGGUAACUUCCCGGGACAGUUCUACAAACCCCGGGGCGUGGCGGCGGACUCAACUUCGGGCAACAUCGUCGUGGCCGAUACUGCCAACCAUAGGCUCUAG